CGCGAGCUCGAUGCCCCCGUGCUGCCGGUGACGGUGCGUUGUCUAAGCAUUUGUCCGGCCAGAGCGCGCAGGAGCAGCAUCACAGAGUCUGGAACGGACCAACAGCGUAUCAGUUUCCUUAUGCAGUUUCCGAUUUAAAAGGUUACUGAAGACCUGCCUAAUUAAAGAUACCGGACCGGGUGCGCACGUCUAGUCAAAUCACAGACACGGACUAAACGCAAGCGUAGGCGUUUUUUUUUUUCUUCUUUUUCUUUCCCCAGUGCCUCUCAGUUAGAAAGAGUACUUGAACGCGUGGACAUCUUACAAGAUUUUAGACAAAGCGCGUCAACCUGAUUGUGCUUGUAAUAGGAGCUGAAGAGCAGGAUGGAUGUGCGCUUAGUGCUCGUGCUGUGCGUCCUGGCCGGAGCGGUGAGCCCAGACAGCGCGAGCGGUAAAUCUCGGAGCUGCGCGGCUUUCCGACAAUUCUACAGCGCCAAGGGCUUCACCCUGCUCGGGGUUCCGAUGGCCCAAAUCUCCGGUGAGCACUUGCGAGUGUGUCAACAAGGCUAUACCUGCUGCACGAGUCAGAUAGAAGACAAUCUGUCCAACUUGAGCAGGAAAGAAUUUGAGGACCAGGUGAAAGAAUCUGGGCACACAUUACAAGUCACCCUCAACAGCCAGUACAAAAGCUUUGAUGGUUAUUUCCUAGAGCUGCUGAACCGUUCUGAAACUUCGCUCAGUGCCUCAUUGCAGUCCACCUUCGGUUUGCUCUUCUCCCAGAAUGCCCAGUUGUUCCGGGAUCUCUAUUCAGAUCUGCGGCACUACUACCGUGGCUCCAAAAUGAACCUGGAGGAGGCACUGAAUGACUUCUGGGCACGGCUGCUAGAGAGGUUGGUGCGAGGAUUGAAUAAGCGUUACAACAUGGGCGAAGAUUACCUGGAGUGUGUGGCGAAGCAAGCAGAGACGUUGCGUCCCUUUGGAGAAACAGUACGAGAGUUCAAACUCAAGGUCACACGCACCUUUGUGGCUGCCAGAUCAUUUGUUCAGGCGCUCGUCGUUGCUGGGGAGGUGGUGAGAAAAGUUUCUCAGGUUCCUCUCAGUGUAGAGUGUGUACAUGCCCUGAUGAAGCAGACCUACUGUCCUCAAUGUAAAGAUUUGGCCACUAAACCAUGUGUCCCAUACUGCAGAAACGUGAUGAAAGGCUGUCUCGCCAAUCAGGCAGACCUGGACACAGAGUGGAAAAACCUUGCAGAUGCUAUGCUAAUGGUGGCUGAUCGGUUGAGCAGACCCUACAGUGUGGAUGCAGCCAUAUUGUCUCUACCUAAACGCAUUGCUGAUGCCAUCAUUUACAUGCAGGACAACCUGAACACUUUCAACAACAAGGUGUUUCAGGCGUGUGGUUUUCCUCCAGAAAACCCCAUCCCAUAUGAGCCAAAUACGAGAUUUGAAAGCUUUGCAGAUGUGAGCAGCACUUCAGCAACAAGUGUUGAAAAACUGUUAGCAGAUAUAUCCCGCAAAAUCAGGAACAUGAUGCAGUACUGGAUUCAGUUGCCCACCAAACUGUGUGUGGACCGAGAGGCAAAAGGCAGCGAGGAGAACAAAUGCUGGAAUGGAAUGGCCAUAGAUAGGUAUCUCCCUGAGAUAAUUGGAGAUGGACUAGCCAACCAGAUCAACAACCCUGAGGUGGAGAUUGACAUCACUAAACCAGACAUGAUAAUACGACAACAGAUUAUGCAGCUCAAAAUCAUGACAAGCCGAAUGAAAAACGCCAUCAAUGGCAAGGACGUGGACUUCCAGGAUUCCAGUGAUGACAUCAGUGGCUCCGGAAGUGGAAUGUGCAACGAUGAUCCUUGUGUCCACAACCAGCAAAUUAUGGUUCGCAGCACACGCAGACCGAGAGUCUAUUCCAACGCUUCUGUGAACAAGAACGAGGCAAAAGGUGACGGAAGACGGAUCCUCCCUUGCACCGCCGUUUACCUGCUCUCGUUGGCCACAGUGCUGCUUAGGCGAUAAUUGUUGUUUCAGCCAAUCAGGACUCAGUAUGGGAUGGGAAUGGACUGAGGAGGGGUGGGGACAGAUACGUUGCCAAAAAUAAUAACAUAACAAGCAUAUGAAACUUACAACAAUAGCAAAAUGUGCAAAAUGAAUGGUCUUCUUUGUCACUACACACUUCUUUCAUUUCUGGUCUUUAUGUCUGUUUUGAAUACCUGCACUCCUAGAAAUUCUCUGGUGUGAGUGAAAUAUUGCGCAAUUUAAAAAAUGAUAAACGAUAAACGAUUCUAUAGGUAUGGAAUUAAUUAUAUAUUUCAAAGUCUGUGCUAUAAGAGUUGCGGAAAUAUCUUAUUCGUUCGCCUUUAAAAAUUUUAGAUAAUUUAUUUAUUACCGAAUUACUAUUCCCUCUAAUCCUGAAAUGUCUGGAAAUCAACAAAUAGGUCAAAAUCACAUGUUUAUCAAAAACAGAAAGGUUUAGACUUUAGACUACAAUAUUUAAACAUGGUCCUGCAAUAUUUUAUAUUAACACCAUUUUUCUCACAGGCAACCAUUUCUAUUUUCUCACGCUUUUCAUAAUCAUUGUUAUUAUUCUUUUUUUGGUUUCCAAUUGCAGCUUUACGGCUCGGGCUUGCAUAAAACACCUAUAUUUACCACAGUUCUGAAAAAAAAAAAAGCAAUGCAAAGAGCAAUAUUUUGGCGUUGAAGCUCACACACCAGCAGAAUAAAAAAAAGAAGACAAUAUUUUCGAGAAGUUUGAUCAGUUCACAGAAGCCGUAUGUGAAUCUGUAUGAUAGCGUUUUGAUCUUAUCAAAUUUCCCCAUUAUUGCUGAGUUUUUUUUUUUUUUUUUUUUUUGAACACUGCCCUGUUGUGUCCUUCAGUUAGACAACAAUUUGUUUAAAAAUGUUGACAGUGUUUAUGUGAUGCUCUCUACAACGUUAGUGAUCCUUAAUGAUCAUGGAAGUCUACCAAUGGCACUCUGUAGACAAAAUCUGUGUUGAGAAGGAGGUUGAGCAGUUUAGAUGGUGAAAUGUUUGUGGACAAGUAGAAACGUGUGUGUGUGUGUGUGUGAAAAGUUUGUCUGUCACGGUGAUAGAUAUUCAGAUGCAUGUGUUUGGGAUGUAACCAAAUAUGAAUUCAUUAUUUGGAAUGAACUGUGUAUUUGAAUCUGUUCUAAACAGGUAGCAGGAGCACUAUUGUGUGUGUGUGUGUGUGUGUGUGUGUGUGUGUGUGUGUUUAAUUUUGCCAGUAAUAUACGCACCUCAGUACUAGAGGUGUGUGUCAGGCCUGGGAUCCCAUAGGAUGCAACAAAAUAGUCAUAGAAGCAGGAAGUUUUUACUUUUAUCCUGGAGCAAGCGAGAAGUCAGAUGAAACUGUAGUAUAGAGUAUAGGAACAUGCAGCACAGCACAAUGCAUGUACGACAGCCUUAAUAACAGUGCUGCAGUGGCAUUAAGCUACUACGCUAAAAUUAAUAUAAGGAAAUUUGUUCAAAAUGAUCACAAACCGAUUUAAAGAAAACUAAUAACUGCACAGGCAGGUUUCAACAGUCACUAUAGUUAAGUUGGAUCUGUGUGUUUGUGAGUGUGUGUGAGAAUUUGACAGUGUGGGCAUGUGGACGUGAUGGCCCUAGGAUGUGUGUGUGUGUGUUUGUGUGUGUAUGAGAGAAUGUAUACAUUUCAAUGCUCAUCUUUCAGUGCAUGUGACAGACCUCCCCUGUCCUGGGAACAAGUAAUAAUGGCGCAGGGUGAUGACAUCACUACAAAACAAGCAGUGGAUGUGAUUGCGUUUGGCUUGUGCACACCGCAGUUAUUGAAGAUUGUAGUUGACGGAGUGUUCAGAACCAGUGCAUGCUGGGACAUCCCUUUUCUUCUCCAAUAGUCAUCUCUUGCCCUAGCCCUGACACAUUCCGAAAUGAAUGAAAGGUAAAAUGAGUAAAGGAAAAAUAAAUAUAAACAAAACAAACAAACAAAAAAAAAAGUACAUUUAUUUGCACAACUCUGUAUAGUAACUCUGUGUAGCUUUCAUUUCAGUUGCUCCGUUCCUUUCCUGACAUAAUAUUGCACUUUUUGUGACAUACAUGUUGACUCUUAACAUUGCAGCUGCAGUACGACUUGAUUGACGAUCUGUAGCAGAGCAUCAGUGAUAAAGCAGCUGAUUGAUUGGAAAGUAUAUAUUAACAAACCCUCCGUUAGAAAAAAAAAUGAGAUAGAAGCAAAGACAGGAUUUUAUCAGAUAGCAUUGUGGAUAAUACGAUCCAAAAUUUUGAGAAAGCUGUUGGUUAAAAGCAGUCAUAUGCAGAACAGUGAAUUUCUAAUCACGUUUCAGUGCUAACCCUCAUUUAUACGUGACAUUUGUACCAGAACACUGUACAUAUUCAGCCUGUAAACCACUAAAAUGAUAAAAUAACUGGGACGAGUAUCUUCUGGGAUACUUCACGCUAUCAACGAGGACUGAGGGAGACAGUAGCACACACUGGCACGCGUGGCAGAAUGAUGCCAUGGAUACUGGGCACAGGAAAAUGUAUACACUUUUUACAAAAAACAGGAUUACAUUAUUGCAUGUCAUGUAUUAAGAACAAUGAAGUCAAGUAAAGGGUUCAGCCAAUUCAGUUCACUAGUCUGUGAACGCCUGUUCUAACAACGUGGGCCCUAAAUAGCCACUUGUAUUGUUAAAUAUGGCUGACAUCAGUGAAGUGAAAUUUAAACUAGAAAAAAAAAUGCAAAUAUCUAUAAGAUGUUCUGAUAUAUGCUUUAUUGUUUUUGUGAUUCCAUUUCUCUACUUGUUUUUUUUUUUUUUUCAAUAAACACCAAUAGAGAGUCUGUGUUCAUGGAUGGAGUGUCAAAAAAAACAACAUUUGAUGCAAAUUUGUCAACUUGCUGUUUUAUGUUCCUGAAAAAAAGGAAGACUUGUCAAUUAUAUACAUCAUACGAUUUUAAAGA